AUGGUCGACGGUCCUCUGUACCUGCGUGUCGCCGCUGUCGACAACAAAAAAAGCGGUGCUCCCGAACUCCUGAUGGAUCCUGAAUCUGUGAGUCCGCACACGCGUGAGCGUGAAUUGCGAUCGCGUAUUGACUGGCUGAGCCGGCUUGUGAACGAUGCACUUCCAGAUGGUAGAUCGCCGAUCGAGUCUAUUGAGACUGGGCGGGAUAUGGCCUUGGGCAGCCCAAUGCAGUCUCCAUCAGCCGAGACGACCAUUGAGAUUGACUGCAGUGAGAAUGAGUUUGAAGAGAGCCAUACUUCUAAGGCUGAAGAGAACGUGUCCCUUUCUGUUGCGGCGAGUCGCAAGUGCUUACAGGCCUAUUUUCGACACGUUCAUCGCACAUACCCAUUUAUGGAUAGCGAGUUUGUUCUUCAAGACUUUGAUACGCUUUGCAAUAAGGAGGCAGAUAAUGGGUUUCUCCCCCAAUCGGCUAUACCAAACCGCCUCUAUAUGAUAAUGGCUAUUGGUUUCACGACCCUGGAGCGGGCUCGGGAAGUGCAAAAUAUCGAGGAGCGAGAUUUCCAGCCGUGUCUUAAGGCGGUACUCUGUGAGUGUGUCUCUCGAGUGGACGAGCAAUCGGCAGGAACAUUGCUCCUCCUUGGAUUAUAUCUCUUGUUCAAGCCCGGUGACCAAGAUCCACGAGCCAUCGCUGGUGUUCUCACCAAUCAUGCCCUGGCAGUCGGACUGAUGAAUGAGUCUCCCAGUUGCCAGACUCUCUCCCCUCGGGCACUGGAGCUCCGUCGCCGACUUGGUUGGUCAGUAUAUGUAUUCACUCGCAUGAUCAGCAUAUCCUACGGACUGCCGUUUGCCUUUCCCGACAAUAUAAUGAAAGUACCCUUACCGAGCAUCAUGAUUCAUGAAUAUGGCUCUGAAGAAGGCCAUCAAUACGCAAUCGCCUUGCAGGUCAGCCGGCAUAUGAUUUCUCUGCGACAACUUGAGACACGCAUUGUCAACGCUAUUUAUGAUCCCAACCCCUCUAUAAGUCCCCAAGACCUCAGACUCCAAAUCGAAGACUGGUAUACACAGGGCUGUCUACUAUCCAGCUCAACUUUGGGAGAACCGGACCAGCUUCCCUUUCAUACGACCAUCACAUGGCUUAAUGUCCGCUACCAGAACCUGCUUCUCUUAUUGUACACUCCUGCACAAGGCGAUUCUGCAACCGAACAAAAUGUUUCAAAUCUCCAAGGUGCUGCGCAGCAGUACAUCCGACUGAGCCUUAUACUACAUGACCACCGACAUAUGCCCAUGAACUGGAUUACACUCUGUCGCCUCCUUUCAUUGGCUGCGAUAUUUCUCUACUGUGCUCGCCAAUGGGCCCCAGCCUUUGACGAUAUUCCCGAGAUUCCUCUUCUCGCAACCUUGCUUGAAUACUUCCCACCCUCCUGGACCGCUGCUCAUGAAGCGUCUCGGAUUCUGCGGCGCCUUGCAGAUGUGACAACAAAUCAAAACAGCCCGCUGAUAGCACGAAGCCAAUUGUCCGGGUCUUCUGUGAUAGCCACUUCAGGUUUAGAUACUGAAAUGGGGUUAAAAUCUGUUCAAAAUGAUCUCGAAGCAUUGCUGAGCGAAACAAUGGGCGAGGCAAGCUUUUACAUCUGGCCUCUGAGGUCAAAGCUUGCGGAGCGAAGGGUUUCGCAUCAGUCUUUUACUAUAGACAAUUUAGGUGCUGGCCUAGAAACUGGAAUCCCGGGUAAUCGGCUCAACGUUACAGAUGGAAGUUUGAACCCAGCGGAGAACGACAUAGGUGAAAGCCUUUUAGAAACGCAGUGGAUGAAUCUUUGGGAGAUGUAG